UUCCGGUAAAAAAAAAAGUUUCGAUGGGGGCCUUGGAAAAAGUGUUUGGCGAGGAAAUGGCUUAGCUAUAUUCUAGCUAUAUUAAAUCGACUAUAACCAUUUUCCAAACAAGAGGAGGGCAAUUCAUGAGUCAGGAGAGAAGAUUGCUCUGUUGGCGUUCAAGCACAAUGGAUGCGCGUGAUGAUGCUCUAGAUGUUAUCAGAGGGAUGGAGCGGUGAUGUUACACUGGGUAGCAAUUAGCAAGUCUCUUUCUCCUACAAAGAGAGGGACUUAGCCGAGAGGGCAUCUCCAGGGAGGCCUGAAACCUCUCCCCACAGACCUACCUGCUGCUGAAGACCACCACCUCCCAACACCAAUGACCUUCUCCAGAACCGUUGACUGUUGCUCCUCAGACCUUCUAAUGGAAAAUCGUGUUGAUGAAGUUGACCACCUGCACAACACGACGGAGGGAGAUGGGGACAUCACCCCUCUCCCAUGCAAGGGCAAGGGCAAGUUCUCUACCCUUGGCAAGAUCUUCAAACCAUGGAAGUGGAGGAAGAAGAAAAGCAGCGAGAAGUUUACGGGAACUUCAGAAGUUCUGGAGAGAAAGAUGUCGAUGAGGCGACCAAGGCAGGAGCUUAUAGAACAGGGAGUGCUGAAGGAGCUGUCAGAGAAUGAAGGGGACGAUCCUCACAGCCCCAAACAGUCCUACGUGAAGAAUGGCCACACCCUGCCCAUGGGUGGUGGUGGUGGUGGAGGGGGCAGAGGGCAGGAAAACCAGACAAGACCCCCCUCAGACCUUGGGAUGAACCCCUCAGACUUUAAGAUUAACCCAGCCUGGCUGCCCCAGAUAGAGGACCGCAGGGUCCGAUUCCCCCCGGCCGUAGACCGCCAGGGUGGCCCCAGAGGCUCCGGACAGCAGGAGGAGGGCCGGCGAGGAGGUGAAGGGUCCCAGGGGGAGGGGGAAUGGAAGUCUAACAUGGCCUGGCAGAGCCAGGCGAUGGUCCAGGUGCAGGGGAUGGGACAGGAGGAGGGUAGACGCGGGGGCAGACUCCACCCUUCUGACGGAGACAAGCGGCCGAGCCUGCAGAAGGCGCCAUCAGAGGACGGUAGGAGGAGUCGCCCUGCUGAGACCGCAUGGAAACCUACCCUCCCCCGGCACGCGUCCGCAGAGGAGGGAAGGGCCCGUAGAGAAUCGGAGAGCCAUUUUGUUCCUGACCCAGAUUUGCUGCGGGACACUCUCCGAGAGUCUCUGCCCCCCAAACAGUCCGUUAUGCCCCCCAAGUGGCCGAUGAGCUCCACCCCCGAGCCCGGCAGCGAAGGGUCACCCUCAUCCCACACCCCAUCCAACCACCCUGCAACCACGUACUCUUCCUCCUCUUCUUCCUCUGCAGUUGCAAUGCCUGCCCAAACUGUCUCCUCUGCAGGCGCCAACCCCCAAUCUUCAGCAGUAGUGUCCUUCGCUCCAUCCUCCACCCCCCAGGCGACCAAGCAGCCUCCCCUCCCCCUGCCCAAGCCCGUCAACAGGGGCGUUAAUGCUGCCAUGUUGGGCAACCUCACCCAGGCCGGUACCAGACUGGUGCCAAAUAAGCCCUCCCCACCGAUGCCCCCCAAGAGGACCACCCCUGUCACAAAGCGCAACCCGGAGGACCCGUCUGCGUCCACCCAGUCUGUCUCCACCCCCUCCCCUUCCCUGCUUUCUCCUGAGGACCAUCAUAACCACUCAGCAGGCUUCCAGAUGCCUCCCCCAUCCCCGCCCUUACCCAACCACAUCCCCCUUCUCCCCCGCCAGCAUCUGCAAGCACACUACCUCCACCACCAGCACUCCUACCAACAUCCCAUCCCCCAGCCCUUGCUCUUUGACCCCCAGCCCCACCAGUGAGCCCCCCAGCGGGCUGAGGAUGACUACUCGGAGGAGGAGGAGGAUGAUGAAGAGGAGGAGUAUGAUGGGGAGCUCCCCCAGCCAGAGAUGGAGCCACGGAGCAGGAGGUGCAUGGUGGGAGAGCCCAGCAUCAAUGUCAUCCCUGAGGGACCCAACAGCAGUGAGGAGGAGGAGGAGGAAGAACAGCAGGACUUGCAAAGGGACGACAGUGACUCGGACGGGCCAGUGCUCUAUAAAGAUGAAGAUUCAGACGAGGAUGAGGAGGAUGAGCCUCCACCCAGUGCUUUGGCCAGCAGGGUCAGAAGGAAAGACACUUUAGCUUUGAAACUGAGUAACCGACACGCGCCAGAGAAACAUGCUCGAGAGGACAAGUCCAGCGGUCACACCGAACGAUGCACUCCGGGACACACACCAGGACACACACACCAAGGGUCAACAGGGCUGACGUGGCAGAGCAGGGAGCAAUGGGAGGCCAUACGCACACAAAUAGGCUCUGCACUCACAAGGCGUCUCAGCCAGAGACCCAGUGCAGAGGAGCUGGAGCAGAGAAACAUCCUUCAACCCAAGAACCAGGUAGACAGGCAGGCAGAGGUCCGAGAGAUCAAACGUAGGCUCACCAGGAAGCUGAGUCAGAGGCCCACGGUUGCUGAGCUUCAGGCCAGAAAGAUCUUGCGCUUCCACGAGUAUGUGGAGGUCACCACAGCCAAUGAUUACGAUCGGCGAGCGGACAAGCCCUGGACCAAGCUAACACCCGCCGACAAGGCUGCCAUUCGGAAGGAGCUCAAUGACUUUAAGAGCUCUGAAAUGGAGGUUCAUGAAGACAGUAGGAUCUAUACAAGGUUCCACCGGCCUUAGUAUCCACCCCAUACUGGAAAGCACUUUCUUAACCAGUGGCUGGCGGAGUCUCUGGAGAGGAGUCGUAGGGUCUUGGUGCUCCCUAAACAGACUGCCUUUUUAUGUUGCUGAAUGUAAGGUACAGAUCAUCAAGGAAGGCCCUGGAAUUGACUGAACUGAAAACAGGGGGACUGAGGACCAGAUGCAGUAUUUCUCCCGGACAUUAGGGGGAACCAAGUGCCAACAAAGUGGAGAGCUGGCAGAGGGGCUGACCGAGAGGACUGACUGGGAGCCACUGCCAAUGUGUGUUAUCCCUCAGGGACUUGGUUCCACUGACAACGACCUUUUGCCUUUUUUCUGCUUUUACUCUGUAUGGCACAGUUAACCCAUGUUGCAGAGAUGUAAAUGUAAUAACAUUGCAGUAAUAAUGGUCCUAAUAAUGACAGCUGCAAUAAUAAACACAGUGAUAAUACAUGUUAGAGAGGAAGCUGCAGAAAGAGGAUGAGGAAGAAGGCGACUGUGGAAUUUGCCGUUCCCCAAGACUGGAAAAGCUCUGGGAUAAUUGUGUAUAGAUUUCUGUGAUUUGUUAGACUGAAACUUUGGAGAGUUCUAAUAAUGACAACUGUAAUGCAUCAUAUUUUGAUCACAACAUAAAUUGCUGCUUUUAUUUGAACCUGUUUUGUAGUGUUCAUUUUUACAUUUUAGUUACUUAGCAGACGCUCUUAUCCAGAGCGACUUACAAGAGCAAUUAGGGUUACGUGCCUUGCUUGAGGGCACAUCAGCAGAUUUUUUUUCCCCGCCUAGUAGGCUUGGGGAUUCGCACCAGCUAACUUUUUGUUACUGGCCCAACGUUCUUAACCGCUAGCCUGCCCUGCCUGUAUUUGUAUUUGGCUGUAACGUUGGGGUGAGCAUUUGAGCUGAUACUAGUCAUAGGAAAGAACACAAUGAGGAGGUAGUUGGUGUGCUAUUAUUUUUAUUUGUUUCGUUCUUUUUUUGCCAGACACUGAUCCCCAUGCUGACAGUAGAAUGCUGGUUUUUCAUGUAGCAGAUUUCUACAAUUCGCUGCAUGAGCCAACACAGUGCAAUUAUUGAAUCAAUACAUAAUUCUUUUUUAUUUUAAUUUUUUUGUACUUCUCUAACAGGUCAAACCAUGCAAUGCUGCAAAUAAUAGCUGUUUAAAAAUGCUAAGAUCAUGAUGGCAUCUUAAAUGAAAUAAAAGUUAAAAUGUUACACAUCUUUAGAGAAUGUAUCAAAGUGCAGUUAGUGUAGAUCAGGAUUUGAUUAAUCAAACAUGAAAAAACUAUUUAGUGCAUUUUACGGUUGACGGGGGAAUAAUUUCGUCAGGAAAAUGCUUUUUUAUCUGGAGAAAUGUAUCAUGCGUCUUCUGGUCAGUAGAUUACAGGGUCCUUUGCUGUACAGAUGCAUUUAGGUUACUGUUGUGUAUCUUUUUCUUCCUUAUUAUUUGAAAAUAAAUGUUAAAUAUAGUAAAGUAUUAUAUGUUGCUAUUUUUCUAAGCACAAAAUAUUACUAUAUAAUUAAACACUACAACAAUGGGAA